CCGUUCAAUGGGUGGGUUAACGGGGAAAAUGCAAUAAACAGAAAGAUUAAACCAAACGAAAAAAGGAUACAUUCCUCCAUAUCCUCUGCCUGCCUCAAUCGAAUCGAAUUCCAGAGCAAUCUGGACGUGUCGUGGUCGUGUUCGAGGACCUGGAUAUUAUCGUGUGUGAUCAUAAAUUUAUUAAAAAUCAAGUUCCAAAUUUUCUUCACUAAUUCCCUAGUGUCGCUUUGUGUUUGCUUCUCGCAAUAAUAAGUCGUGCCAAAAACAUAUAACAAAGAAGUGAUAACAAAAAACUUUUUCAAAACUUUCUGUGCUAUGCUCAAUCUGUUUGGAACAACAAAGAAAAUGAAAGGCUACAAGGUCACUGAUAACGCCAGAACAAAAAAAUACGGAAUAGGAGCUAAUUCCUUGAAAAUGCUCCUCGACAAAGCAAAGCUAAAGUUUCCUAUAAAAGACUGUCACAUAUAUCUUUCCACCGAUGGUUUUGAAGUCUCUGAUGAGGACUACUUCCAAUCACUGGAACCACAAACCUUAUUUAUCAUUGCUGGACCCAAUGAAAUAAUAACAACUGAUUCUGAUUUUGAAUAUGAGAAGCUGCGUCAGAGAUCUCCCCUGCUCAAAGUAGCCGAUAUCAUUUAUGAAUUUAUCGAACGUAAUCCGGAUAAAUUCAAACGCAUGAUAUGCGAAUAUGAAAAAAAGAAACCCCAAAUUGAUAUUGAAAAAACCCACCUCAGCUUACGCAGUGAACACUCUGAAUGGUUUGAAGGCCAAGAGGAGCGUUGUAAUUCAAAAGAAGAAGCAAUGUCACGUCGAGCCCAGGAUCGUAUACGCAGCUAUUAUUACAAAACAAAAGACGAACUAACCCGCAACAAGUUGUAUCGCAGCAAUGCCAAGGCUCGUGUAAUGUUCGAUAGGAUAUUGGAGAAAUUCCGUUACCUCCUGAUUGGCUGUGAUUACUUUUCAAUGAUCUUCGAUCGAAGCUGUGUGAAGAAACAUGAGUUCCUUAAAAAAAAUGACAAUGCGGAAAAUGCCGAAGAUGAUGAUGAAACCGAUGCCAGACCUCUGCCAAAUAAACGUUUAAAACAAAUCAUCAAAGAAUACACCACCAAAAACGAACUUCUUGAUGAGUGGUCGGUGUCACUGUGUUCGGAUUUGGGUGAUUUCUAUUGCCAAGGACCGUACAGUGAGAAUCAACCGUGCAACAAAGAUCACUGCAUCAACCCAUACGCUUCCAGAGAGAAUUUAAUACUAUUUCAAGUGUGGAAUUUGGAUCAUCAAAUUGAAUUGUCGCGGACGAUAUUGCCAUCGCUGAUACAAAAUGUUCGAGAUUUGGUCGAGAAUCCCAAUCAAAAGUGUCCCAUACACAAGAAACGGGUUGUCGACAUAAGUGUUUUGGAGUAUUUUCUAGAGAUUUUUAGUCUUAAGAACCUUAAACUCGUGCAUAUUGUGUGUCACGAAAAGGUGCAACGGUCAAAUGUUUCCAAUGGACGUUUGAUUUGUGAAAACUGCCAUGAGUACAAAAUUGUUAAGGAAUUGUUAGAUGUUUCGUGUCCCGAAGAAGUUGACGCUUGUUGAUGGAUGAUGGUAUAUUGAAUGUCUAUUUCAAGUGUUUUUUUUAGGAAAUAGUAAACUGUUGUUCAUGGUUUCUUUUCUGUAGUUGAUGGUAGAGUUUUAUUUAAAUUCCUCUAUAUUUCUAAAGUUUGAUAAAUGGGUUUAUUUAAACAGAAACAAAUCUCAUUAGCUAUCCAAUUCAAAACUUUUUGAUACUUGAAUCUUAAGUAGUUUGUUGUUUUCUUUCUACAUAAUGAUAUUAACAGAUAUAAUGGUUUCUAAAUGAGUAGAUAUUGAAAAAUGAAAACUAAUUUAGAAGCUUUUAAUUGAGGUUAAAUACCUGCUUAGCUGAGCUCAGACUUAUUAAUGUGGUGUUGUAGAAAUUUAGAAACUCGUGAAACUUAGCCAAUAUAACAAUAAAUACGAGCUUAUAUUGAUAAAACAAAAUAAUUAAAAAAAAACUUCAAGGUUAGUGCAUUUAACUAUUCUCAAAAAUGAUUUCGAAUUGUGUUAUGUAUAAUAUUUUAAUUUAAAGAAUAUUUCUGUUUCUAUUUUCUUCACUUGUGUAAAAUAAAUGUUUAAAAUCAAGUGAUUCAUGUAUGUAUUAGAAUAAUUCCAAAAAUUAGGAAUGUAGACAAAUAGAAUUGGUUCUAGUUUUAUAAUCGUUCUCUCAGCUUGAUAUGUAUUUAUUUUGAGGAAUUUAAAGAUUAUUAUUAUUGCGUAUUUAUUAAACAAGCAAUAAA